UUUCGGCCUGUUUAAGGGGUCUUGUCUUCUUUACGCGCGCUGCCGAGAGAGUUCCCGCCGCAGUGUUCCAAAAACGAUCCCAAAUUCAGCCUUUUAGCGAAAACCCUGGUUCACACUGAGGAAGUAAGUGGGACUGUAGGAGGGAGGGAGAGAGCGAAAACCCUGUGGAUUUCUACUUCCGGCGAGCUCUCUCGAUCGGCGGCAAUGCAGUUUUGGGAUGAUUUGGCUGGAGUUAAAAAUCUAGAUGUCCUUGAUAAGGUAAUAGAAGGUGGAGCAUUUGUUUUGACUCUUAAAGAUCAGAGUAUUCUUGCUGAUGGCUACAUCAAUGGUGAGGUUGAUGGGCUUGAAAAUGUCAAAAUUGGGGAGCAGAAGUGCCAAAAUGAAGCUUAUAAGGCCAGGAAGAAGCCUAUGAUGACAAGUUCAAUGAUGACCCUCUGGCAGAGAAAAAGAUGUUUCCCCCAUACGAUGAACCAGCAGAUUAGGGCUGGCCUUGGAUGGUAGGAGACGUUUCAGUGGUGAAGCAGAGAAAAAAAAUGGAGGAGGUAUGUUGUUUCCUGCUAUUACCAGGGUGGUUCAGACCAGUUGAAAGGGACGUGUCCUGCCAUGAAUCUUUUUGUUUUGUUUUAGAGCUCUAGUCCCCCCAGUUGCGUAGAAGACUACAAGGUGUGACGAUUAUUAUUUUUGGGUCUUAACAAUUCAAUAUGUUUUAUUACUCUUAUUUAUGUUUUCUAGCUUAAUAAGGAAUAAUUAGCCAU